CAGGACCCCAAGCACGCCGUCCCUGACCCCCGGGCGGCCCCUCGGUCACGGCGGCUGCGCCUCUAUCGUGGCCGCCGUGGGUCGGCUUCAGCCGUGGCCUCAGUGACGCCUGCGCGAACUCCUGCUGGCGGCGCGAGGGUUCGGCUUGUCUCCUCCGUCGUCGCGGAAGACGCGCUUGGCCCCGCUGAGCAGGAUGGAAAAAAAGAAAAUUUUAAUGAAAUCCAGUGUUGCUGCCUCCAACCUCCUGAGAACAUUACAUUCUCUCUAUCAAUUUGGACAUUUUUGUGAUGUUACAAUAUACACAGACCAGCUGGGUAUCCAGAAGGAAUUUUAUGUUCACAAAGCUGUUUUAGCAGCUUCUAGCAAUUACUUUAAAAGCCUGUUCCUCAAUAAUGAAAUGAUGAAUGUCAAAAACUGCAGGGUGAUCCUCCAGGAUAUUCAUGCUGAAGAAUUUGUCUCAUUCCUCAAAUUUGUCUACACGGCAGAGUUAGAAAUUGAAGUGGACAGGCUGCACCGGAUCAAGGCGGUUGCUGAAAGACUUGAAUGCCAGGAUCUGCUUGAAAUUUUUGAAGAAACGAAGGCUGUAGGUGAGGAUUUGGAACCGAGUGUUUAUUUGAAAAAAAAUGAAGGUGUUAGAUCACCCAGAAAUCGAACAGAACAAGGGGGAGUGAAAGAACAGUGUGAUUUAUCCCAUGUUUUGGCCGCUGCACCAAUGAAGAAGCAUUUGCGAGAGAAAAUUAACCAUUCAGAACUAACCACCAGUUCUGAUGAUAUGAAAAAUAAACCUAUAAACCCUAAUGAAGAUGAGAUUGUGAAUGGUAAGUCCAAAGUUGAGUCAGCAGUGACAUCUGAGCAUACCAAUGAGACUGACCGUCCUUCGCUGAACGAGGGGGACUCGAAGGAAGCCCACACAGCUUUAAGCAGGACCCUGCCUGAUCAAAAGAAGGAUGAAAGUUGUUUCAUUCUCUGUAACACCAAACUCAGAAAAUCAACCCGCAACAUACCCAAGGUCUUGCCAAGAUCAUACGCAUGCAACAAAUGUAAUCGUUUGUUCCAUUUUGCUGAGCAGGACCAGCCACAUCUUGAUCUGGAGCAUGGCACAAGCCGAGUAAUUAAGUACAGCUGCAAUAGUUGUGGCCAGCUCUUUCCCAGUUGCCACAAUCUAAGGCAACACAGGCUCACUGUUCACAGCGGAGAGCAGGGCUUCCCUUGUUUGUUGUGCGACAAAAAGUUCCAGCAUCAGAAGGACAUCAGUGCCCAUAUCCGCAGGGUGCAUGAAAAGAAGCGGCCUCUGCAGCGGUGCCCCUACUGUGACAAAGUCAUCGGCUCCAAGUGUGGCCUGACGGUUCACCUUCGAACCCACAUGGCGGAGAAGCCGUACAAGUGUGAAUGCUGCCCGGCCAGUUUUGCUCAGAGGUCGGCCUUUAAUACUCAUGUAAGAAAAAUACAUGAAUCCAGGAAAAAUGGGAAAUGCAUGCCGGCUUAUUGGACAAUAGUUCCACCAGCAGAAAAAGUAGAUGUGAUAGAUAGUGGAAUCAAGAGGAGUAACAAAACACAUCAAAAGGUGCCAAAUAGUGACUUGCAAAGGGAAAUUCCAGGCAAAGCUCCUCAGGAGCCUGAGGGAGAAUCCAAAAGGUCUCUUCCAGGGGAAGUGCAGUCUGACAACAAAGACCAGAAGACAGAACUACGUGAUGGAACUACUACUGAAAAAGGGAAAACCAGUGGACAAGGGAUGGUGGAUGUGGAAGGAAAUGGAGAAGGGAGUGGUGAAGCAGGAGUAUACAGCAACGGAGACAAUGAGGCCUUCUCUUCUGAUGAUAAUCACAAUGCGGACUUAAAUGAUCACGAUACAGAAGACCCUGAACAGGAUGUGAACUGCAGAGUCAAAAAAAAUGAGGUCAUCCCAAAAUCUGCUUACAUCAUAACUUGUACCAAAUGCACUGAGAAGUUUCCGUCGCGGAAGAAAUAUGUCAACCACUGCAAAGAAGUCCAUCAUUCCUUGCCUGGGAAAGUGUAUCAGUGUGAUGUUUGCAGCAAAUCCUUUGCAAGUUACAACAGCUGGAAAGAGCACCGAGCCUGCGUUCACACGGAAGACAGAAAGUUUUCCUGCACCCUGUGCAAUGCCACCUUUAAAAGAAAGCGGGAUGUGAGGACUCACUGUGUGCGGAAGCAUGAAGGUCGAGUGAAGCGUCCCCUGUGCUCUGUCUGCGGAAAAAUACUGAGUUCCAGAACAGCGCUUGUCUUUCAUAUGAGGACCCACACAGGAGAGAAGCCAUAUCAGUGUGGCGUUUGUGGCUCAAGAUUUGCUCAGCCCUCACAGCUCAAGAUUCAUACCAGGUCUCACACAGGUGAAAAGCCGUACAUCUGUGAGGACUGUGGGGCAUCUUUUGCUGAUAAAGGCAAACUUAAUGGUCAUAAGAGGACACAUACAGGAGAGCGCCUCUUCAGAUGUGAUGUGUGUGGGAAACAUUUUGCUACCAAUGAAUAUUUGAAAUGUCACAAGCGUUGUCACAUGGGAGCUAAGCCAUACAAGUGUGAUGUGUGUGGAAAAACCUUUGGAUUAAGAGCUUCAUUAGCCCAACAUAGUAAUGUUCAUGCAGAGACUCCUCCUUAUUUCUGUGAGCAGUGUGGAAAGACAUUUACUCAGCAAGGAGCCCUGAGACGUCACCAGCGUAUCCACACUGGAGAGAAGCCAUACAAAUGUAGGGCUUGUGAGAGAACCUUCACAGAUAUGUCUACCCUGAGGAGGCAUGUACUGGUCCAUGAUCGGAAUGCUCAUUGGAGAAGUUUCUUAAUAGAUCUUACUAUCAAAAAGGAUCAUAACUGGUCCAAAAUAGAGACUUUGUCUACUAUUUGUAUGGAAGAGAAUUCUACUACAGUUUGGUCUGAUUGCCUGGAAAAAUGCUACACAUCAGAAAGCACAAUUGUAAAAAAAGUAGAAGAGAUAUCAUGCAGUAGUAACAUGAAAGAAUCUGAACCUACCCUUAUGAUUUUAUAACUAUCAACAGUUAAACAUGGAUAUAAGCGUCUCAUAUACUUUCAGUUUUUUCCCUGUAUGGGAACAUUCUCCAUUCGCUUGCAGGAUCUACAAAUAGGCAUGGCCAACGAUCAGCCUAGAUUCUGAUAUGGAAUGGUUUCUAAAUGUGCUCUUUCUGUUAGCUUAAAUACUGAUGUUUGAGGACUUGGAAGAUACAAUAAACGAGUUCUGUCAGGUUGCCUGGGAUCGAACCAUUAUGGGCCAUACUGGUGGCCAUCUGCAGUCAGAGAGUUCAUCCUUGUUUUAAGAUACGGCCAGAGUUGGAAAGGGUAAUACUUAAUGGACAUGAUUAAAAGUGAAAGAUUGAGACUGUGUAAAAAUAGAGAACACACCCUGCCCCCGCCAAAAGGGGUGGGGAAUUCAUGUACAACGCUGUACGUGGGGAGGUGACAUAAUGUGUCUUCUUUGAGAACUUAAGGUGGACCAGGCAUACCAUUCUGAUACUGCUUCUAGAUACCUCUUCCUGCAACUACUGAGCACCAGGACUAGAUGGCUUCUAAAGCUAAUGCUCUGUAGGUAGUUUUCCAAAGUGCUAAGGUCCUCAAGUUCAAUUCCUGGUAGAAUCUGGCUACCUGCAUCUGAAGAGGGUAGGUCGUAUGGUGUCUUCUGGUGGUGAAUGUAACUUUUAGAGCAGCCGUUCUCAAACAUUUUGGUCUCAGGACCUUUUUAUAUCCUUAAAAAUGACUGAGGACCCCCAAAGAACUUUAUGUGGGUUAUACCUACUGAUAUUUACUGUAUUAGAAAUUAAAACAAAUUUUAAAGCAUUUAUUUAUUUGACUUUGAAAACCCCCUGAAUGCAUCUCAGGAACCCUCAAGGGUCCCUAGACCACACUUUGAGAACCGCUGUUUUAGGGGUUUCUCUCUAGUCUUACACUGUUUGGACUUCAUAGUCAAAACGGUGGUU